AUGUCAGGACCACUGGAUCGAUUCGCGAGGCCUUGUUUUGAUGGGUCUUCUGGUAAUGAUGAGAGAAGAGAAAGAAAAUCUGAUUUUGAGAACUCAGAGGAUGAAAGAAGGACGAGAAUUGGUUCACUGAAAAAGAAAGCACUAAAUGCAUCUACAAAGCUCAAACAUUCUCUCAAGAAAAAAAGCACCAGAAGAAGGAGUGAUGGACGAGUUAGCUCUGUUUCGAUUGAAGAUAUUCGGGAUGCUGGAGAGCUACAGGAUGUUGAUGCAUUCCGACAAGCAUUGAUUUUGGAUGAAUUGCUAUCUGAGAAACAUGAUGAUUAUCAUAUGAUGUUGAGGUUUUUGAAAGCAAGAAAGUUUGACAUUGAAAAAGCGAAGCACAUGUGGGCUGAUAUGAUUCAAUGGAGGAAGGAAUUUGGUGCCGACACAAUCAUGGAGGAUUUUGAAUUCAAGGAGUUGAAUGAAGUUCUGAGAUAUUACCCCCAUGGUAAUCAUGGUGUGGAUAAGGAAGGAAGACCCAUCUACAUUGAAAGAUUAGGCAAAGUUGAUCCCAACAAACUUAUGCAAGUUACAACCAUGGAUCGAUACAUAAAAUACCAUGUGCGGGAGUUCGAGAAAUUCUUUGCAAUUAAGUUUCCAGCUUGUACAAUUGCUGCAAAAAGGCACAUCGAUUCAAGCACAACAAUUUUAGACGUUCAAGGAGUGGGUUUGAAGAACUUCACCAAGGGUGCGAGGGAUCUCAUUAUGCGACUUCAGAAGAUUGAUGGUGACAAUUACCCUGAAACACUCCACCAAAUGUUUAUCAUCAAUGCUGGUCCUGGCUUUAGGCUGCUGUGGAACACUGUAAAAUCUUUUCUAGAUCCCAAAACCACUUCCAAGAUCCAUGUUCUUGGAAACAAGUACCCGAACAAAUUGCUUGAGAUAAUAGAUGCCAGUGAGUUGCCUGAUUUCAUGGGUGGUACAUGUACUUGUGUGGAUCAAGGUGGUUGCCUUCGUUCUGAUAAGGGGCCAUGGAAAAAUCCAGAGAUAUUGAAGAUGGUUCUUAAUGGUGAAGCGCGACGUGGCAGGCAGGUCGUAAAAGUCUUGAACAGUGAGGGGAAGGUAGUUGCUUAUGCUAAGCCCCAAUACCCGAUGGUAAAAGGCAGUGAUACAUCGACUGCCGAAUCAGGAUCUGAAGCAGAAGACAUUGCUUCCCCAAAAGCAAUAAGGAAUUAUUCACAUCUUCGGUUGACUCCUGUUCGGGAAGAAGCUAAGGUAAUUGGAAUGCCAAGUUAUGCUGGUCGCUUGUCAGGCUAUGAUGAAUAUGUUCCUAUGGUUGACAAGGCUGUUGAUGCUGGUUGGAAUAAGCAAGCAUCCCUUCGAAAACCUUGUACUCCUAAAGGACAACUUCCACUACCUGAUACUCAAAAGGCACCAGAAGGUCUCCGUCCUCGGAUUUUGGCAGCACUCAUGGCCUUCUUCAUGACCCUUGUCAUGCUCUUUCGUUCAGUGGCCCACCGCAUCACCCUAAAACGUCUUGGCAAAUCAUCUGAUCAUAACCAAAACAUUCAAGAAUUUGCGUUUCCGGAGGAAGAGUUCUGCCCCUCCUCACCAACGCCAGCAUAUACAGAGGCAGUACUCCUCUCCUCUGUCCUGAAAAAACUGGGCGAGCUAGAAGAGAAGGUGGAUACACUUAAAGCAAAGCCAUCUGAGAUGCCCUAUGAGAAAGAGGAAUUGCUGAAUGCUGCUGUUUGUCGUGUUGAUGCCCUAGAGGCCGAGUUAAUUGCAACAAAAAAGGCUUUGCAUGAAGCUUUAAUGAGGCAAGAGGAACUGCUUGCCUACAUAGAUAGUGAAGAAGAAGCUAAGUUUCGGAAAAAGAAAUCUUGUUGGUGAUGUGUGCUGGCUGUGAAGUGUCUAUGCAAGGGGAUAUAUUCAGCUGUUUUUCGAGUUUGAUUUUCCAUGCAAAUGUUUGCUAUACACCCUCAUCCACAUUGAUCUUGCUGAGGGUGGUUGUUUUUAACUAAGUAAUUUACUCUCGCGAUGGAUACAUACCCUGUUGUGAAAAAUGUGUGGUGAGUAUUUAUUCAUUUGUUUCCCACCCAUUAAUUACAUACGGUUGUGUGUUUUUUAUGGGGUUUAAUUUGUUUCGACUUCAGACCUCUUUGUGCAAUGUUAAAAGGAAAGAAGCUUAUGACCAAACACUAUUGAAGAAUCUUCAUUGCUGGGAAGGUUGAAACCGAAAAAAUUUUCAUGUUUGGUUUGCAUCUCAA